CGGGCAACCGCUGGAAAGAGGGCGAGGGUGAGGGUGCCCCGCGGCUAUGGAGGAUGACGAAGAGCGCGGCGGCCAGGCUCGGAUUCUCCACGGCGAUGUCAAGACCGCCUCGUUCCCGGUGCGCGCCAAUGCGCUCAUGGCGAAGAAUCUCGUGUUCCAGCGGCGAAGCUGGAAGACGAAUGCUUGCCUGGUCAUGUUUCCGGCAUUGCUGUGCUUGCUGCUGUUUGGGAUCCAGAAGAUCGUCGAUACGCUGAUGAGAGAGCCGGCAUUUACCUGUGGGUGUAUGUGUGUUCCAGUGUCAUCGGGCGACUGUGAGACACGGUGUGGCGUGGAGUACUCGGACAAUGUCCAAGCCGUGACUUGCCCAGUUCCAUCGCCUUACAAGAUCCCCGCGAUGAUGCAAAUAUCGAGGAGACCCUUUCAGGCUGUUAACUUUGGAGGGGAGUUCCCAGGUUUUCCUGAUCCAUCGUGCCGGACGUUCUGGAGCUGUCCAUACGUGUUUGUCUACACUGGGCAGAAUCGAUCCAUCGCAGACCAAAUCACGAACCAAAUGCUGAAUGACGAACUGGAUCUCGGAAAUCCGCUUUCUUCUCUUGUUCCAGCUAGUUUCAGAAGGCCGCCGCUUGCUUAUUUCAUGGAGCCAGGAUUGCCCAACCAUUUCUAUGUGUUGCGUCGAGACUGCUCGAACUACAACGGCCAAUGGAUAGCUCCGUGCAUUCCCACGCUUUUGCUGUGGCGGGAAGAUAGACGGAUCAUAGACAAGGAAAUUUACAGAGGCUACAUGAAAGGAAACGAACACAGAUGGAUCAAUGAGAUUCCUGCAGCGUAUGACCUUCAAAGCACGAGCUUGCAGAAGCUCGAUGUAAAUAUCUUCUAUAACGCAACAUAUGCUGGUGACAUUCGAAUGGAAUUCCCAGGAAUACUUCGAGUUGCUCGUAGCCUGAAUCUGGUCACAGAGGCCUUUCUAAAAACUAUCCUGGGUUCAGUUGCUCGGUUGCCACUGCUGUUUAUAAAGGAGAUGCCAAAGCCAGAGACGAGAUAUGUUUUAGAUUUUUCUUCGUUGCUUGGUCCCCUUUUUUACAUGUGGGUUGUCCAGCUUCUACUUCCAGUGAUGCUGACUUACCUGGUUUAUGAGAAAGAACGAAACCUUCGUAUGAUGAUGAAGAUGCAUGGUCUGGGAGAUGGUCCAUACUGGCUCAUUACAUACGCUUAUUUCCUUGCGCUUUCAACCUUGUAUAUUAUUUGCUUCAUUUUGUUUGGCUCACUUGUCGGCUUGCAGUUUUUUCGGCUCAACGACUACUCUCUUCAGUUUACUUUUUACAUGGUGUAUAUGAACUUGCAAAUAGCUUUAUCCUUCUUUGGCGCCACACUGUUCUCUCGAGUCAGCACAGCCACAGUUUGCGGGUACCUGUAUGUUUUUGCCUUCGGGUUGCUAGGAGCUUUUCUCUUCCAAAAUUAUGUCGAGGACGUGCAUACUAGCAGAGUGUUUAUAUUCUUGUUGGAACUAUUACCUGGUUUUUCUCUUUAUCGCGGCCUCUAUGAAUUUGCACAGUAUGCAUUGGUCGGUGGGAAACAAGGAACUCAUGGCAUGCGCUGGAAAAAUAUCCACGAUCGCGAGAAUGCCUUCAAGCAGGUUGUUACAAUAAUGGCAGUCGAGUUACCGAUCUUUACGAUUUUAGCAUUAUAUCUAGAUCAAGUAGUUUCAUCUGGAAGCGGGUUGAAGAGGCACCCUUUGUUUUUCGUGAAGCGAUAUUUUCCCAGGCCUCAAGAAAAUAUUAUUUCUCGAGUGUCUGAAGAAGGCGAACAAAAGCCAGAUAUUGCGAGAGAGGUACAAACUGUGCAAAGCUUAAGGGAUGGGAAUACGUCACUCUAUUCGGUAGUUUGUGAUGAUCUGAAGAAAGUUUAUAUCGGGAAGGAUGGCGGUCUUAGUAAAUAUGCUGUGCGCGGUUUAUCAUUGGCUAUAGAGCGCGGAGAGUGUUUUGGGAUGCUGGGACCAAAUGGUGCAGGGAAGACGUCGAGUAUCAACAUGAUGAUUGGAUUCCUUACACCUUCGUCUGGAAAAGUAUAUAUCGAUGGCGGGGACAUUUCCAAAGACAUGGAUAAGCUGUACGCGGUCAUGGGAGUUUGUCCUCAGCACGAUCUGAUAUGGGAACUAUUGACUGGACGAGAGCAUCUCCUCUUUUAUGGCAGGCUAAAGAGCUUGAAAGGGUCUGCGCUUGAAAAUGCUGUGCAAGCGUCGUUGAAGAGCGUGGGCCUUUUUAAUGGAGGUGUUGGCGACAAGAAAGCUGGGACAUACAGUGGUGGGAUGAAACGCCGGUUGAGUGUAGCUAUAUCCUUGAUAGGAAAUCCAAAGGUUGUUUACAUGGACGAGCCUAGUACAGGAUUGGAUCCAGCCUCGAGGAGGACACUCUGGAACGUGAUAAGACAGGCCAAAGAAGACAGGGCCAUCGUACUUACAACGCAUUCUAUGGAGGAGGCAGAAGCACUAUGCGACCGGAUCGGAAUUUUUGUCGAAGGAAAACUACAGUGCAUCGGCAGCUCCAACGAUCUCAAAUCGAGAUACGGUGGCUCAUACACUUUUACAGUCACGACGAGCCCGUCCAAGGAGCUGGAGGUGGUGGGGCUGGUUCACACUUGGUCACCUCGAGGAAAGAGAACAUACAACCUUUCCGGCACGCAGAAAUUUCAGCUACCGAAGGAAGGCGUGGAGCUGUCACGGGUGUUUAGAGACACAGAGAACGCGAAAGAGACGCUCGAGCUACAAGCGUGGGGCCUGGCGGACACAACCCUGGAGGACGUGUUCAUCAAAGUGAUGAAGGAGCUCAAGCAGAUGUGAUGGAGAAGAAGGUCGUGGGGGUGUUUGAAUACGAAUAUCCGCUUGUACAUGGCGGUUCACGAUUGCGGGAACCUCAACGGUGGAUCUUCAUUUUUUCCUGGGUGCAUGACCAAUGAGGCUUAGUGCUUCUCUCGAGAUCCAGCUCGUGGAAGACGCGGGAAACGCAGGAUCAAAGCGAUGCCGCUGCCGGAGACACAGUCGGAAUGGCCUGCUGCUACAUUCUCAACUCAAGCCAAUGCGUUACUUCGCAAAAAUCUAGUUUUCCAGAGACGGCGAUGGCUGCUAGUGCUCCUCCCGGGGCUGCUGUGCGUUUGCGCUUUGCAAUGCAAAAGAUAAUUGACUUCGAGAACAACAAAGCCUCCAACAAGUGUGGCUGCGCUUGCGUGCCUCGCAACGAUUCCAGCGGCUCUUGUGACAGAGUCUGGCAUUGAGUAUUCCACCGACAGGCAGGCGCUCACUUGCUCGGUUCCGUCGCCUCCGGAGGCCCCGGCCAUGCUUUAAGUCCCAGAUGCAAGAUACCGAGCCGUCAACUUUGAAGGGAAGUUUCCUGGAUUCCCAGAUGUGACUCCGGAUCUUGCGAUUUAGUGCUCCUGUACACUGGGAGGAAUCGAUCAUUGGCCGACAGUUAGUAGACGAUCGAGAGAUUGAUUUCAGCUGACCAAAGAUUUGAUUGUCGCUUGUGCAGCACUGACGGAUUAUUUACUGAGCAAUGGCUUCAAUGCGUCUGCUGAUCCCAUCUUGUCAACUAUCGUGCCGGGAAUAUCUAGAAAAGUUCCAUUGUCUUACUUUUUGGAGUCAAUUUCCUGCACACAAGCUCUACAGAAGCUGGAUCUCCUUGUCUACUACAACUCAAGCUAUAGAGGCGAUGUUGUCCGUAUUCUUCGGGUUGCUCGAAGCAUGAAUAUAGCUGUUUCUCAGCGUUUCUGAAACGUUGCUUGGCAGCUGCCUUCGGCUUUUCGGAAAGAAAUGCCGAAGAAACUAUUUAUAAACCUCACAGUCCCUCUCUUUUAUAUGUGGGUGGUACAGCUUCUAUUUCCGGUGAUUUUGAUCUCCUUGGUUUAUGAGAAAGAACGAAGGCUUCGAAUGAUGAUGAAAAUGCAUCGAUUAGGAGACGACCCCUACUGGUUUCCAUGUUGUAGUUCUUUUUCAUGAUUUUUGGCUAUGCCAUCGGCUUAACUUUUUCAAAAAAAACUGUUACAGCAUACAGUUUAUAGUUUACUUUGUCUACAUGAACAUGCGAAUAGCUAUGGCUUUUCUGGCGACGAGACUGUUUUCGGAUGUUUUGACUGCCACAGGUCAAGUUCUUUCCUUUUCAUAGUUUGCGGGUACUUGUACGUUUUUGGGUUCGGGCUGUUAGGAACGUUUCUCAUGGUGGUAUAUCGAGGACAACUAUUAGCAGAAAGAUAUCUCUGCGACCGAAAUACUUCCUCCCUAUACGUAUUCUCGCAGUAAGCGUUGCCGGGAUCGAGGACUGGUACAAAGGGAAUGGAAUGGAAGGACCUCGAUAAUGGAUUGCGGGAGAUUCUUCGAAUGAAUUAUUUUCCUAGUUCUGGCACAUUACCUGGAUAAAGUGAUUGCUUCGGGGUACGGGCUGAAGAGAAGGCCAUUGUUUUUUCCACAAGUCGGCAGCUGCAGCCAGACAAUCUAAGCAGGCCAGAUGUUGCAAACGAGAGAGCAAUCGUUACCAUCAAGGUGGAAAGAACGGCUGGGCAUCCAAGCGUGGGGAUUGGCAGAUACCACGCUAGAAGAUGUUUUCAUCAAAUUAGCAAACAACAUUCAAACUGGCUGUAAGGCGGAAACCUGGAAUACUUCGAGUUGCAUGAAUCUGGAGAUGAGAGACGUGAUAUGUUUUAGAUUUUUCUUCGUUGUUUUCUACUUAUGGGUUGACAUCCAGCUUCUGCUUCCAAUAAGUGAUGCCGAUUGCGAGAAGAACGAAACCUUCGUACAUGGAUGAUCCAUAAAUCUUGUAUAGUAUUUGUUCGGCUCUCUUGUCGGCUUGCAGUUUUUUCGCUCACUCUCUUCAGUUUAAUUCUUACAUGGUGUAUAUGAACUUGCAAAAUAGUUUUAUCCUUCGUUGGCGCAA